AUGUUCUACACCCACGUUCUUAUGAAUAAACGAGGGCCAUUGGCCAAAAUAUGGCUUGCAGCUCACUGGGAGAGAAAACUCACAAAGGCCCAAGUGUUUGAAUGUAACCUGGAGAUAACCAUUGAAAGAAUUAUUUCACCUAAGGUGAAAAUUGCACUUCGAACUUCAGGACACCUUCUUCUUGGAGUUGUUCGAAUCUACAAUAGGAAAGCCAAAUAUCUUUUGGCAGAUUGCAGCGAAGCAUUUCUUAAAAUGAAGAUGACAUUUCGCCCAGGACUGGUUGACCUUCCAAAAGAGAAUUUUGAAGCGGCUUACAGCACUAUCACAUUACCAGAAGAAUUUUAUGAUUUUGAUACCCAUAAUAUGAAUGCUGUUGAUGUUUCAGAACAGUUUACUCAGAAUCAAAGUAAACCCGAAGAAAUUACACUUAGAGAAGAAUAUGGCAAUGAUCUACUUUUCCAAGCUGAGAGCUUUGGGGAUGAACCUGAAAUUCUCAGAAGACAUAGCUUCUUUGAUGACAACAUAUUACUGAAUUGCAGUGGCCCUGUAGCUGAGCAUAGUUCUGGAAGCCCCACUGGAGAAAAAUCUCUGUUCUAUGACAGUGGAGAUGCAUUCGGAGAUGAAGGAGCUGCGGGAGAAAUGAUUGAUAAUCUGUUGCAAGAUGAUGAGAAUAUCCUGUUAGAAGACACGCACUUGAGCAGAGAAAUUACCCUGCCUCCUGAGCCUCCCAAUAGUUGCUUAAUAAAACCAGAUGAUCCAGAGCAAGUAUGUCUACCUGAAAAUGAAAAAGUGAAUGAAUCAAUAUGGUUAUCAAAUGAAGAGGAAAGAUUUACCCUUGACCCAAUCAAUGUUUCAGAUAUUGCUGAGAAAAGGAAAGGCAAAAAGAGGAGAUUGCUGAUAGAUCCUGUCAAGGAGAUCAGCAGCAAAAGUAUGCAUAAACAGCUUACUUCCUUUGUGGAUACACUCAUGGUUUUGGAACUUGCACCUCCUACCCAAAGAUUAAUGAUGUGGAAGAAGAGGGGAGGAGUGGACACACUUCUGUCAACUGCUGCCCAGGAUUUGAUUCAUACUGAACUGAAAAUGUUGUUCACAAGGUGCUUUCUGUCUUCUGGUUUGAAACUUGGGAGAAAAUUGAUGCAGAAAGAGUCAGUAAGGGAAGAAGUGGGAAGCCAAAACAUAGUAGAGACCUCCAUGAUGGAAGACCCAGAUUCCCAGCCAGAGUUACAUCCAUCCCGAACUUGGAAAGAUGUGAUUAAUGGAUCUAAGUGUAGCUUUCAUGAGGAUAUCAGUAAAAAUAUGAACUCUGAGGAUAUUGUUGAAAUGGUUUCGUCAGCUGCUGAAGAAUCAUCUUUGAUGAACGCUUUCACAGCACAGGAAAUUGAAAAUUGUCUGGUUGAAUUGGACUCCUCAGGGAACGAACAAAGUGUUGAUACAGAGAGAUGGAAUCGAAGAAUGCUUCAGAUGUUAAAUAGUUUACGGGAAUACAAUAAGAUGGGAAUGCAGUCAUUUAGUCUGAUGAAGUUCUGCAGAAAUAGUAACCGAAAACAAGCAGCUGCCAAAUUUUAUGGCUUUCUUGUCCUAAAAAAACAGCGGGCUAUUGAACUGAGCCAGAGUGCUCCCUAUGCAGAUAUUAUAGCUACUGUGGGACCAAUGUUCCAUAAAAUAUGA